GUAAAAGAUAGCCAGUCAGUCUACACAUCUAUCCAUCCAUCGGCUCAGCUCGCUUUUAAUAAGACACCGAGAAAUCGGUCAAAAGAAAUACCAUCCAUAUCUAGCCUUCUGUUAGUAGAUCGUUGAAGGAUUCUACUCUGCAGAGCAUAAGAAACACUUCAUCAUUCAUCCACAAAACGUUUCAUAUGUAUAUGUAACCCCUACGUCAGGCUACACGACCAACAGUAGUAAUUCCGACUCUUCAGCGCAUCCUUUACUCGUUAUCUAGAUGAUAUCUAGGAACGUGAAAAGGCCUCGAUUGGUCGAUAUAAUCUUAUAACCAUUUUUGGAUUUUAGGCAGCACAGCGGGACUGGCCAUAAUGUAGUCGAAAGCACCAGUCACCUUAAACUAAUAUAACAUGAGUCUAGUUCAAUGUACUCACAAUCCUCCACUUGGACGGCUGAACAUGAGUCAGUCCACAUGUCAAGUAAAUAAAACCUCCCGGAAUAUUCACGUUUGAAGAUUGAGAAAAAAUCGCGAGAUUUCAGCAACAAGAAACGCAAUCUUUAAUAUCCCGACAGACAGGAAACCAGGCUAUUAAUACCUACUUAAAAUCGACAAAGAUGCACGCCGCGCAAGUUCAGUCUUGGCCCGAGGGACCACGGUACGUUACAAUCAACGAUCCGCCUGCGCCGUUAGAUAGCCAAGUCCAACUCCGUGUCUUGGCUGCAGGUGCCCACCAAGUCGUCCGUUCUCGUGCCUCAGGAGCCCAUUAUUCAGCUAGGGAACUUCCUCAUACUGUUGGUGUCGAUUGUGUCGGCAGGGAUGAAACUACCGGGAAGCUUUAUUAUUGUUUUACCCUUCAAGGAGGUACAUAUGCCGAACGUAUCAAUGUCGAAAAGUCUGCCGUCUAUCCGGUGCCGGAUCAUGUUGACCCCGCGUCCUUUGCUGCCAGUGUCAAUCCAGCUAUGAGCAGUUGGAUGGCUAUUACGCACCGUACCAGCAAUCUCCCUAAGAAUUUUACGGCUGUUGUUGUCGGUGCGACGAGUGCUAGUGGCCGUUUGGCUGUGCGCUCUGCCAAAGCAUUGGGUGCAGGCAAAGUCAUCGGCAUAGCCCGAAACGCCACAGCACUAGAGCAAGUCAAAGGUCUAGAUGACUAUAUUAUACUCCGAGACCCUAUCGCCGAGACCGAUUUCUCAAAGCUACGCGAUUGUGAUCUUAUCCUAGAUUACGUGUACGGUGACGCGACUGUACAGCUACUCUCAUCAUUGAGCAGGUCAAAGAAGCCCGUCCAAUACGUCGAAAUUGGUAGUCUUGCGCAACGCACCGUCGAAAUUCCAAGUUCCCUACUUCGGUCUUUCGAUCUAACGGUACGCGGAGCCGGAGCCGGGUCUUGGAGCAUACCGGCACUUCAUAAGGAGCUACACACGUUGGUUCCGACUAUGGCUGAGUGGGAGCUAUUACCCGCUCGCUCUAUUCCACUGAAGGAUAUUGAGACGGCUUGGAAUGACACGACACUAGCUACUGAAGGGAGGGUAGUAUACACACUCUAACUACCCCCAAUUGUUGUUGCCAAAUUCGGAUGAGUGCGACACAUGAUCGCGAUAUCGCGAUUUCGAUCCAUGUAUCCUCUAUAUCAAUAUAAACGAAUUAUGUCAAAACUGACACCUACUCAUCAAA